CCCAAGCUGCGAGCCCAAGGCGAAUCUUGUCCUUCUUGCCAAGCUCUGAAUUCGACGCCAUGCCGCCAGAAGGGAGCGACGCUGCUGCGGGCCCAUCUACCGCGGGUAGACGUAGAUCAAGCAUUCCAUCGACGCCCCGCAAUGAGGUGGAUCAGGGUGAGCUCGACGAUAUUCGCAGGUACGAGAGCUUCACCACCGUAGACUGGAUCGUUGAUUCGACACGCGAACGAGCGCGAGUAGCUCGCGCCCAAGCCAGAUCUUCGUCCUCCAAUGCUCACCUAGCCAACGGUGGAUCGAGCUGGGGAACGUUGGGCUAUGCACCGGGGGAGAGACCGCCGAGAUGGUGGCCGACGACGGGACCUUGGGGGAGAAGAGCGUGGUUCGUUGCGCGACUGGGAUUGAAGGGAGCGAAAGCAGGCAUGGAUUCGGGAGUUGUCGUGCUAGUAGGCUGCUUCAUCGGCGUCAACAUGGCCAUCAUUUCCAUCGCAACGGAAUGGGCGUCCGAUCUCAAGACGGGUUACUGCCGCGCAGGCUGGUGGCUCAAUCAGAAGUUCUGCUGCUGGGAAAUGAUGGACCCCGCUGGGCCCGGUGGGGCUCCCAUCCCGCACUCGGCCAUCAAGGCGGCAGCGGCUGCGGCAGCUCUAGCGUCGCCCGCACCGUCAACGAGUGCCAACACUUCGCUGCUCAUACGCGCUGCCAACGCUACCGCGCCUUCGCCCGCGGACCUGAGCGAGACAUGCACAGAUUGGGUCCCUUGGUCCACCUGGACCUUGCCUGCCUGGAUAGUCUACAUUGCCUUUGCCGCCCUCCUUUCAUUCAGCUGCGCGCAUCUUGUUCGGCACUUUGCCCCUUACGCAGCAGGCUCAGGCAUCACGGAGAUCAAGUGCAUUCUCGCGGGAUUCAUCAUCAAUGGCUUUCUCGGUGGGGCAACGCUAGUCAUCAAGAGUCUGAGCUUGCCCUUGGCGAUCGCUUCGGGAUUAAGUGUAGGCAAGGAGGGGCCAGCCGUACAUGUGGCGUGUUGUAUUGGGAAUGUGGUCGCGGGAUGGUUCAGGAGCUUUGAUCGUAGCCAGGCGAGGAUGAGGGAGCUGCUCACGGCUGCUAGUGCGGCAGGAGUCGCCGUAGCGUUCGGCUCGCCGAUCGGGGGCGUCUUGUUCUCGCUCGAGGAGAUGGCGUACCAAUUCCCCGCCACGACGAUGUGGCGCUCCUUCCUAUGCGCCCUGGCCGCGACGGUCACCCUCUCCUUUAUGAACCCUUUCCGCACGGGCAAGCUUGUCCUCUUCCAAGUCAGCUACGACCGCGACUGGCACUACUUUGAAAUCCUCUUCUACAUCAUCAUCGGCAUCUUUGGCGGGCUGUACGGGGCGUUUGUUAUCAAGUACAACCUGCAGGUGCAGGCAUUUCGACGGUCCAACCUGGCAAAGCAUGGAGUAAGCGAAGCGGUCAUCCUGGCAGUGAUUACGGCGUUUAUUGGUUAUUGGAACAAGUUCCUGCGCAUAGACAUGACCGAGUCCCUCGAAAUCCUAUUCAGGGAGUGUGAGGGCGGAGGGGACUACGACAAUCUCUGCCAAUCGUGGGCACAGUGGCGCAUGGUCAACUCUCUCCUCCUGGCGACCGUACUUCGCUGCGCACUCGUCAUCCUCUCAUACGGCUGCAAGGUCCCUGCUGGCAUCUUUGUUCCCUCCAUGGCCAUAGGCGCUACGUUUGGGCGCAUGCUGGGGAUCCUGAUUAAAGCAGCGCAUUCCGCUUAUCCGGCCGCGGCGAUCUUCUCUGCCUGUCAACCGGACGUGCCCUGCAUCACGCCGGGAACGUACGCUUUCCUCGGCGCAGCUGCGGCCUUGGCCGGGGUCACGCGGAUCACUGUCGCCGUCGUGGUGAUCAUGUUCGAGCUCACGGGCGCUCUCACGUACAUCCUGCCCACCAUGAUCGUAGUCAUGAUCACAAAGGGUGUCGGAGACUUGUACGGCAAGGGUGGCAUGGCUGAGCAGACGAUGAAGUUUGCCGGGUACCCGUUCCUCGACAAGGACGAGCACAACUUUGGGCUCCUCCCCGUGCGCGAGGCAAUGAAGCGCGACCCUGACGUCGUCUACGCGCGCGGAACUUCGUUGCGGGAUCUGGAGCAGCGUUUGCGCAACACGUAUCGCGGCUUCCCCGUCGUGCGGAGCGCAGAGGAUCGCACGCUACUCGGGUACGUAGGCAAGACGGAGCUGCGUUUUGCACUCACGAAGGCGAGGAGGGUGCGCAAUAGCUUGGCGGCGGAAACGAUGUGCUACUUUACGGUGGAAGACGUGGAUCCCACUUCGGGUGAGACGGUGGGCGCUGCGCCUACCUUGAAGGGGAGAGCGAUGGAUGGCGAGGCGACUGCCGAUUCUGAGAAGGCGGCGGGGGUCGGCGGUAGGAGAUCGCGCGGGCCGAGUGCUGCGGGUGGCUUGACUGAAGCGCUCGUGGAUGCGGGCGCGGACGAUAGCGACGAUGACGAUGAGGGCGGCGGCGCGCAUGACGUCUCAGCAGGCGUCGAUGGUGAGGGUGACGAAGACUACCUCGAGCUCGGUGGGUGGGUCGAUCAAACGCCUCUCACCGUCGCUCCCGGAAUGCCCCUCGAAGUGGUGAUGGACCUCUUCAAGAAGAUGGGUCCGCGCGUCAUCCUCGUGACCGACAGGCAGGGCUCGCUCGAGGGCCUGGUAACGGUCAAGGACCUGCUGAAGCACAUUGCGGCGCAGGAGCAUGCGGAUGGGCUUGCGCGACAGGCGGCCAGGGAGCAGAGGGCCGAGGAGCUACCGACAUGGGGUGGGGAGAUGGGACAGGGUGAAGAGCGAUUUGGUGGUGAGCUGGAGCGUGUGUUGAGCGAUGCAUUGGAGUGGGUGCGUAGUCGCGUGGAGGGGUAUACGUGGACGAGGCCCGGGGCGAGGAGACGGCGCGGCGGGGGAGAGAUCGCAACACAGUCUGCUGCUCAUGCGGAUUACUCGGAGCUUAGGGAGAGGAGAGAGGGCAGCGCAGUCACCGAGGAGGAAAGUCAUCAUGUCUUGUAUGAUCCCGAAGAGGAGGAAGGGGAAGAUGGGGAGGAGCAGCGACUCGCGAACAGCGCGAGAUGAGUGUAGCGAGGCGAUCCUUGAAUUGAUUAGACGCGGCGCGAUCCAUACAUCAGCCUUCAACCCGAUUUUCUCCCACCGCGCCCUCACGCC